AAAUGGUCUCUUUAUGGACAAUCCUAUAGAUAAUAUAGAGAAAGAAGGAUUAUCAUUAUACAGUCCCGCAAAUGGUUGAACGGAGGAUUGAAGAGCAUGGAUGGGAGAAGGAGAGAUGAUCCACCCCACCCCACCAGACCCGUAGGCAUUCUGACUCCGACCACAAAACCCCUCCUCGCCCCUAAGUGCUGAUUGGUCUCAAAGCCAGCCUUGGAAUGGUACCCCGCAAAACAAACAUAUUCAAUCUCUCCUCGUCUCUUUUCUGGACACUGUCCUCCGCCUAAAAGGUGUGCCAGUUGGAGCAGCAAAUGCCUCUAUAGGUGUUACUUUUCAGUUGGACCUUCUUCUUCUUUCUAGCGAAUGCAAGGAGCACCACCAGGGUGUAUAUACUGUAAUCUUUCUUUGUAGCAAAUGCAAUGAGCACCACCAGGGUGUAUAUAGUGUAUUACUCGUUAUUCGGUCAUGUGGGAACCAUGGCCAAGGAGAUUCACAGAGGAGCCUCUUCCAUUGAAGGUGUCGAGGCUACCCUUUGGCAGGUGCCUGAAACCCUUCCAAAGAGGGUCUUGGAGAAGAUGAAAGCCCCACCAAAGUGUGGCGAUGUGCCCAUCAUCAGUCCUGAGGAGCUUUUGGAGGCUGACGCUUUCAUAUUUGGGUUCCCCUCGCGGUUUGGGAUGAUGGCCGCUCAGUUCAAGGCCUUCUUUGAAUCCAUAGAAAUGGCUAGCAUUUGGAAGUCCCAGAAGCUCGCAGGGAAGCCAGCCGGCAUCUUCUGGAGCACCGGCUAUCAUGGUGGCGGUCAAGAAAACACUGCAUUAACAGCCAUCACUCAAUUGGCUCAUCAUGGAAUUAUGUUUGUGCCCCUCGGUUACACAUUUGGGAGUGGCAUGUUUGAGAUGGAUGAGGUGAAGGGUGGAUCUUCAUAUGGUGCUGGAACUUACGCAGCAGAUGGAACCCGACCACCCACAGAAUUGGAGCUCCAACAGGCAUUCUACCAGGGCACCUACAUAGCUCGUAUUGCUAGAAAGCUGAAAGCUCAUCCCAACUAGACACAAGCAUUUAACAUUUCCUGGAAAAAAAAAUAAAAAUAGACAAGCAUUCUCCACAUAUAUAUUAUCAUAAAUGUGUAACCUCGUGUUCAAAGUAGAGAGUUCCCUCCACCUGCAGAAGGUACUGGUAUGUAAGUAGCUUUCUAAAUCUUUUGUAUGAAUCUUAUUGUAAUAUUGACACAUUCAUGGAACCUAGCCAAUCAAAAAUGCAUUUACCAU